ACAGCAAUCAUUAACAAAGCAAGUUCAACUGCAUCAGGAAUUCUUAUGUUCCACGCUGGCUUGAAUGUUUUUCUCUCUAUUACCGCGGCGCUUGGUAAUCUUCUGAUCCUUGUCGCGCUUCCUAGGGUUUCCUCAGUUCACCCACCGACAAAGCUGCUGUAUCGAUGCCUGGCGAUUACUGAUCUACUCGUCGGUCUCAUAUUAAACCCACUGCACACAAUUCCUAUUGUGGCAUAUCUAACCGAAGUUAACUGGAAACUUGUGCUGUAUGCUCGAACGAUCGCAUUUGUUCUCAGCUUUGUCUUGUGUGGAGUGUCGAUUUUUGUAUCCACCGCAAUAAGCGUGGACAGACUUCUUGCUCUAUUGCUAGGAUUCCGGUAUAGACUCUUGGUAACAUUAUGGAGAGUACGUGCUGUUGUAGUUGCCUUUUUCAGCCUUGGUGUUUCCGUAGGGCUGUGUUUCCUUUUCUGGAACAGACGCAUUGCCCUAAUUAUAUCACUGGGUUUAGUGCUAAUUUCUGUAAUAAUAUCUAUACUCUCCUAUUCAAAGAUCUUCUUUGGACUACGACAGUAUAGAGUCAGAAUUCAAGACCUUAUUCACGCAGAACAACCAAGAGAAAGAAGGGCCCCACUGAACAUACCGCUUUACAAAAAGACUGUCUCUAGUAUAGUUUGGGUUCAAUUAGCGUUAGUUGCUUGCUAUGCUCCGUUCGUUAUUUGUGUUGUAACAAUACGGAUCAAAAGAUGGUCAGGAAUUUACGCGCAUAUGGUUUGGUUGUUUUCGGGAACGCUUGUCUACUUAAACUCCUCACUCAACCCGAUUCUCUAUUGCUGGAAGCUCAAAGGAGUAAGACAAGCGGUAAAAACGACAAUCAGACGUUUUCGUUGA